AUGCCAUUCUUCAACUCAUCGCCAUCGAUCAUCGGAGCUGAAAUAGAAAUAGCAAAUGAGAUUGACACCUUCUCAGAAGUCGGAUACUUGUAUGAUGGGCUCUACGAAGGGCUGACUUCUGAGAUGGUCAAGAAAGACAGAAAAAGAGAAAAAGCCAGGAAAAUUGGAAUUAGAGCGAUCGCCGGUAGUUCCGAAGAAGAGGAAACCCAGGAAGAGAUUGAGCGAGAUUCGGAGUUCAUUGACGUUGUAGGGACAUCACAAGACAAUGCGAUGAUGCAAGUUGAAGAGAGGACUGACGAAGAACAGGUUAUGAUUUUCUCGAACUUUAAAAAGACGAACUGA